AUGAAUAAGGGAAGAGAAGGCAAAGCAGCAGCACCCUCUACAGAUCUGUUAGUAUGUUUUCCAUCUCGAACUCAUCUUCGUCUAAUGCCCAAGGCCAUUUGCAGCCCUGUUAGGCCUUUAGAGCCUAACAAACUCCACCGCCACCACCAGCGAAAGAGAUCAAUUUCGAGAGCUGGUAGUGGCGGCCAAACAAGUAGUCCAAUGUUAUGGACUAAAAGUAAAUCAACCGUAGGCUCCGAGAAUUCGGAACCAACUUCUCCAAAAGUUACAUGCGCCGGACAGAUCAAAGUGAGGCAUAAAAACACUGCUUCAAGGAGUUGGCAAUCAGUGAUGGAAGAGAUAGAGAAAAUUCAUAACAACAAGAAGCAAAAGAAGCGACUAAAUUGGGCUGAAUCUCUUGGUUUCAAGAAGGAGAUCAUGCAUUUCUUCACAUGUUUACGAGCAGUACGCUUCGAUUUUCGUUGCUUUGGAUCCUUCUCUGGAACUGAUAUAGUAACAGAAGACGAAGAAGAAGACGACGACGGUGAAGAUGAAGAUGAAGUAUAUUACAAAAAUGAUCAUGUUGGUGUAGAAGAGAGUCCCGACAAUGACGACAACAACGAAUCAUCGAGAGCCGUGUUCUCGAAAUGGUUCAUGGUGUUGCAAGAAAAUCAAAAUAACGAAGUUCACAAAGAAGAAGAAAAGAAAGAGGAAAUUGGUGAUGGAGAUGAAGACGGAGAUGGAGAAAUUCCCGUGCCUCCUCCAAACGCAUUAUUGCUCAUGCGUUGCAGGUCUGCUCCGGCGAACAGCUGGUUGACAGAAAGGGAAGAAGAAGUACAUGGAAAUAACAAUGAAAAGGAAAAUAUUUCACAUAAAGAGAAAGUGAUAGAAAAAGAAUUAUCACAAACACAUGUAAAGAAAGGACAAAGCUUAAAGUCAUUGAUGGAGGAAGAGACGACAAAUAAGAAAGAGAAUUUAUUAGUGAUGAGAUACAAUCCUGAAUUUUAUGGUAUUUCAACUGAUAUUGCAGCAGAGACAUGGAUUGUUGGUGGUUUACCAGAUCCAAUGUCAAGGAGUAGAAGUUGGAAAAGAUGA